AUGUCUUCUUCGGUGUAUGGAGAUUCUCUCCCGCGGCGGGGAGCAUCGGCGGGUCCCUCAGCGAUGAAACCAAGCCAGCAGCAGCAGCUGCAGCAGCAGCAGCAGCAGCAGCAGCAGCAGCAGCAGCAGAAAAACAACAAAGACAAGAUGAACUUUAUUGGGGGUAAAGUGCCCCAGGUGCUCUCCAUGAGAGGCAGCAACGCCCUCAGAGGCGGCCGCCACACAUACAACGCAAUGUGUCUGAAUGACAACUGGUGA